AUGGAUAAAAUCGAAUAUCGUGCGAUGAUUAAGUUUCUGACAAAAGAAGGUGUGGCACCAAAAGAUAUCGAUAAUCGCUUGCGUGCAGUUUAUGGUGAACGUGCUCCAUCGUAUGCCACAGUAAAACUAUGGGCAAAACAAUUCAAGUGGGGCAGAGAGUCUUUAGAAGACGAUCCACGUUCUGGUCGACCAAUUGAAGCAACUGCUCCAGAUAUGGUUUGCUCGCGAUGGAUUCCAAGAACUUUGAACAAGUCUCAAAAAGAAGAACGAGUUGCUGCUGCACAUCUCGAGUUGUUGGAAUGGAAUGAAGGGGAUACUUUUGAUCGUAUAGUGACUGGCGAUGAAACAUGGAUCUACUUCUAUGAUCCAGAGCUCAAAUCACAGACAAUGGAAUGGCACAAACGUGGUGAACCAGCAUCGAAAAUGCCUCGCAAACAAAUUGCCACAAACAAAGUAAUGGCCUCUGUGUUCUGGAAUUAA